AUGGCGGGUAACGGCGUGCCAGUGUUAUUGGUCACAGCAAACGUUGGCAGUAUCUUCGAGGAGGUAAGUUCUCAACAUUCUUUUCUCACGUUUCACCAGAGUGUACCUUCGAAUGAUCGAUCGAUCGUGCCCCGCGAUUUACCUCUCGAACGCCGCACGAUCUCUUUCUUUCCUUCUUUCGUCAUCUUCUUUCUCUUUCUUCUUCCGUUCUUUCUUUUUCUUUUCUUCCACCAGUUCAGAGAGUCAGUUGGCGCGUCUUUCGUACGAUGCAAUGCCAAUUCUUGUUCGUUCUUCGCGAACUACUCUUCCCUCAGUCAUCACUUUCCUUCCCCCCCGUUGUUUUCCUCGCUCCUGCCCGUAAUCGUGUAAAGCAUCGCGAUUUUACCCACCGAUCCCGCACGUUAGUUGCAACAAUGGUAACACGAUGACAAUUUUCUGUAGCAGCGUGUUUCUGUGUCAAUCGCGCGAAUUUAAAUCGAAUUACGCUUGCCCGUUAAUCGAUUAAUAAGAACGAUGACAUCGUUGUACGCGUUUUCAUCGAGAUUUACUAUCAAUUCUCUCGCGUAUAUACAGCAAGAUAUGCUUUUAAAUUUCUUUCGAUCUUGGUUUUUUUUUUAAUUGAAACUUUUUUUGUUUGAAAUUACAAUCUCUUUUACAGCCUAACAUGAUGUUGAAAAUUUGGACGGAAGAAUUUUUAUCUGUAAGUAUAUAUUGCAGAUAAGAUGCGCUGUCAUUGCGUAAAUAUAAUGGGUAUUUACAUUACACGGAGAAUGCUUUUCAGACUAUACUGAGGCUGGAUCCAAAAUUUAUUGCACUGCACUGCCAAGAAGUAGGUGGAAAAAAUUAUGAGCACAGCACCAGGCAGGUGGAGGACUUUGUUAGAAUGUACUUUUAUACCAGUGAAUGGAAAGGAGGUUCAUUCUGGUAAUAUAGAAGCAGUCACGACCAAAGAAAAAGCAAAGUUCCCUCAGGAAUUCUUUCCAGAAUGUAAAUGGUCCAGAAAAGGAUUUCUGAGAACACGAUGGAGUAUUAGUGGAACAGUUUUUGAUCUCAUAAACAUACAUUUAUUUCAUGAUGCGAGUAAUUUCAUUGCUAUGGAAACAUUUCCAUCUGUAUACAGUAAGACGCGUAGAAGAGCGCUCGAACAUACAUUAGAUAGGUUUCAUAACGAUAAAUAUGCAAAUGUACCAUACUUUUUAUUUGGAGACUUUAAUUUUAGAACGGACACAGCCGGGGUAAUCAAAGUAAGUAUGAGAAAAUUCGAAAAUGAUCCUAUUCUUGUAAAGAAACUCACGGAAGAUACUCAAGAGAGAAGGUUAUCAAACAAAGGAAGUAUUUCGAAAUUGCAGUUUCACAAUAAAGACGAUGAUCUCAUAUUAACAUUAGGAAAAAAGGAAUUUUCUCAUUACGAGCAUCAGAAUGUUUUUGUGCAAAAUAGUGGAGAGUGGCUACGUGAAUAUGACAGAGAGCUGGAAGACUUUGAUGGAAGAUUAUUUGAAUUUCCAAUUAAGUUUGUACCCAGUUAUCCAUUUGAGGAAGAUAUCAAUGAAGGUUCGAAUUAUAUGCAAACAAGAGUACCGGCUUGGUGCGAUCGUAUUCUGCUGAGUCCUACCGCUAAAAUGCUAGUCCAAGACCCAGUCUACUUGAGGGCUAAUCUCAUUAUGGACGAAGGUAUGAUAAACUGCUGCAGCUUGCCAAGCGCACCUGAGUUUUGCUUUCGAGUGCCAAGCAAUUACGUGGAGUUGUUGUCCAUGUUGCCUGAUUACAGUAGUUACGUUAGCGGACGGGUCAAUUACACAGACCGUUCGACUAACUUGUUGCACGCAGCACCUAUUAAGCAUGAUCCUUACACUCCGGAUAGCAUGGACAGCCCGAGUCCAAAUGCUAUAAUAUCAGCCUCGGGUGAAGUCCCGGACGUGGACGUGGAUAACGUGAACAGCGUGUCCACGUCACAGUUUGCUCAAACGUCGAACUUAGCCAGACGUCUGAACAGAGCUGUAUCGCCUGCUCUCCUGAAAUCCAAAUUGGAGCUGAUCGUUCAGAGUAAAAAGCAAGAAGCGAUGGACGCGAAUCAAGACACGAGCGAUGUCAAAAGAAGCCCUAGCGAUUGCUGCUUGUAUUCAUGGCCGAACGACGACGAGUAUAAAAACGAGUGGGCCGCAAGAACGAACAGAUGCAACAGCGACGCUUCUUGGCAGAGAUCGCAUCUCUUAACCGAGAUAUGGAUUCAGAGCAAAGGGCAACAUUCGUUUGGAGAUUUCAUUAACCGAUUGUCCAUGGAUUCGACUCUGCCGAAUGACGUCGAGGGUUUGCCGUCCGACUUGAUCAUACCAAGGAUAUCGAUAAUAAAUGCCAGUAAUUUCGAAUCGAACGAGAGUUCCGUGUACUUACACGACGACAAGUAUAGCGAUUAUUCGGAUAAGAAACUGAGCAUUUAUUCGGACGACCAGACAAAGAGUUUGAGCGGCGAGGCGUUCAGUUCAGAAAAGUCGGAUGAACUUUGCGAUAAGAUCGACGACGAGAGCAACAGACUGAGCUUAAAUACGAAGAAAAUAGAAAUGAACGAAAGUAUAUAUCUGCAGAACAUAAGUGAGCUUAUAGAAAAGUCAGACAAGAAUUCCUGUGCAAUGAUGGUUAGUACAAAUCUCUUUAACGCGGGCAAUAAGAUGAGCGAGGAACGGAUGCUCGAGGACAGAGAGAAACGCUUAAAUCAAAACGAAAUAGAAGACAAAUCGCAGAACACGGAGACAGAGAAGAUAAAAUUGGAACAGGAUAUGUGCAACGAGACGAAUGUAGAAGAUUUUGAACAAGUAGAAAUACCAAGAUGUGAUGGUAAAUGUGGAAUGAUAAUUUCAAAACAGACGUGACGAACGAGGAGUCCGAAUCGGGUACGAUGUCCAGCUUGAGCAGUCGUGAGAUAUUCAACAAUAAUAACGACAACCACAGCAACAACAAUAACAACAGCGCGACCACCAUCACGAGAUAUAUCCACAUUAAACACGCAGACUCGUCGGUUAAGAUUUUUCGAGAAACCACCGUCUGA